GAGAACUGCAGACUGUCAGAGAUCAGCUGUUCUUCUCUGGCUUCAGCUCUGAGGUCAAACCCCUCUCAUCUGAGAGAACUGGAUCUGAGCUUCAACAACCUGCAGGACUCAGGAGUGAACGAGCUGUGUGGUUUUCUACAGAGUCCAACCAGUCGACUGGAGACUCUCAGGUUGGAGUGCUGCAGUCUGUCAGAGAUCAGCUGUUCUUCUCUGGCUUCAGCUCUGAGGUCAAACCCCUCUCAUCUGAGAGAACUGGAUAUGAGUAGAAACGUCCUGCUGGACUCAGGAGUGAAGGAGCUGUGUGGUUUUCUACAGAGUUCAAUCUGUCGACUGGAGACUCUGAGGUUGAUGGGCUGCAGACUGUCAGAGAUCAGCUGUUCUUCUCUGGCUUCACCUCUGAGGUCAAACCCCUCUCAUCUGAGAGAACUGGAUCUUAGUCUAAACAAUCUGAAGGACUCAGGAGUGAAGGAGCUGCUUGAUCUACAGCAGAGUUCAACCUGUCGACUGGAGACGCUGAGUUGGAGGGGAUCUUUGUGGAGCUGAGUGUGAAGAGGACAGUGUGUGUGAAUGGAGGCUGAGCUGUGUCCUGAGGAUCCAGAGGCUGAAGCAGCAGCAGCUUGUGUGUAGAGCGGCUCUGACUGGGACUUGCUGCUGGGAGGCAGAGUGGAGACAGAGCUCCAGAGGAAUCAGAGGAGGUUGUUGUAAUAUGUAACUUCACCACUAGAUGACCCUCGCUACUGCUUGUGUUUAUUCACAUGAAGAAUGUGUUUAUUGAAAUGACACAACACAAGCAGAAUGUAUUAACCCUCUGUAAAGAGUCACAUAUAUGUAUUUAAGUUUCUUUUAUUCUGUUCCACCUUUGUCCCUCAGUAUGUCUCCAUGUGUGUAUAACCACAUUAUGUGUAUAUGUUCGUUAGUC